AUGCGCAAAGGCGUCGGCCUCGGCGCCCUCACGCGCACCACCCACACCCGCAGCACCUACACCACCCACGGCGCCGCCCUCCAAAAAUCGCACAUCGACCAGCUCACAACCCAGCUCUCCGUCUUCCAGGCCCAGCUCUCCCACUUUGCGCGCACCCACGCCGCCGACAUCCGCUCCAACCCCGCCUUCCGCCACGAGUUUGCGCGCAUGUGCGCCGCCAUCGGCGUGGACCCGCUCGCCUCGUCCAGCGGCAAGAAGGGCUCCUUCUGGGCCGAGCUGCUCGGCGGCAGCGUCGGCGACUUUUAUUUCGACCUGGCGGUGCGCGUGGUGGAGGUGUGCCGGCGCACGCGCGGCGAGAACGGCGGCCUGAUUGCCGUGGCGGAGGUGGUGGACCGCCUUCGCGGCGGGGCGGAGGGGGAGGGGGAGGGGGAAGCGGAAGCGGAGGGCGGGGUGGGCGAGGAGGAUGUGCUGCGGGCCGUGGAGGCGCUGAAGCCGCUGGGGAGCGGGUUUGCCGUGGUGGCUGUGGGGCGGCGCUUGAUGGUGCGGAGCGUGCCGAGGGAGCUGAACCGCGACCAGGCGACGGUGCUGGGCACGAUCGAGAUCUGUGGGUUUGGGGUGGCGGCGAGUAUGGUGAGGGUUAAUCUGGGGUGGGAGGCGGCGCGGGUGGUGACGGUGCUGGAGGACCUGGUGGCGGAGGGGCUGGUGUGGGUGGAUGAGCAGGCGGAGGAGAGGGAGUAUUGGGUGCCGGGGGUGAUGGGGAAGAAGUAG